CUCACGCCUGUAAACACCUCCGACAUUAAAGGUCGCCACAUAAACGUUAGUUUGAUUUUUAAAUACCGGUUAUCUUCCGGCAGGCACACAGGCGCGUGUCCGCCGACCUGACAGCAGCUCAGCGCCGGACAGAAGGCCUCUGACGUCCUCCCCCCUCCACCACCAUCGAUCGCUUCCUCCCGUGUUCAGACCUGUGGAAGAAUCCGUCUGGGACACAUCAGCCCGUGACCCGAACCUGAUCGCUUCCAACCCAUCCAUUCACCCGACCCGCCACCCAUCCAUACGUCCACCCAUCCAUCCAUCAUCUCUGCUCCAGUGCUGCACCUCGCCCUCCUCUCCGGAUCAACACACUCUUCUGCAUCGUUCGUUCUACAGACUGAGCUCCAUGGACCAAUCAUCAUGAGACUUUCCUCGCUCCUUCCUGUCCUACAGUCCCCGCCCCUUCCUCUGCUCCAUCGCUGCUGUCUGUCAACGCUCUUAGCCAAUGGCAGCGCAGCGUCAUGCAGACGCCUCAGCACAGUUGGCCCCACCCCUCAGCCUGUGAUUGGUCAGGACUCGGUGGAAGUGUUGGGCUCCUCCUACCCCCGGGAUGACUUCACCAACGUCACGCCGAAGAUCUUGGCCAAGGUUGGCCGCAAUCUCCACAACCAAUCCCAUCAUCCUCUGUGGCUGAUCAAGGAGCGAAUCAAAGCUCACUUCUACAGCGCUUACAUCACUCGCUGGGGAAACCCCCUCUUCUCCGUCCACGAUAACCUGAGCCCCGUGGUGACCGUGGAGCAGAACUUCGACAGCUUGCUGAUCCCGCCAGACCACCCCAGCAGGAAACGAGGAGAUAACUACUACCUGAACAGGAAAACGAUGCUUCGCGCUCACACCUCCGCCCACCAGAGGGAGCUGGUCAGGUCCGGUCUGGAUGCAUUCCUUUUGGCCGGAGACGUUUACAGGCGGGACGAGAUCGACGCCAGUCACUACCCCGUCUUCCACCAGAUGGAAGGAGUCCGACUGUUCUCCAACAUCGAGUUGUUCUCGAAGGUGCAGAAUGGCGAGGAGCUGUCUCUGUUCGAGGGCGGAGGGCGGAGGACGCCUCAGAAACAGGAAACACACAGUCUGGAGGCCGUCAAGCUGCUGGAGUUCAACCUGAAACACACUCUGACUCGACUCGUCACUCACCUGUUCGGAGCAGACCUUGAGGUCCGGUGGGUCGACUGUUACUUCCCCUUCACUCAUCCGUCCUUUGAGAUGGAGGUGCGUUUCCAAGGCGACUGGAUGGAGGUGCUGGGCUGUGGAGUGAUGGAGCAGGAGCUGCUGAACUCAGCCGGGGCAGGAAACAAGGUGGGCUGGGCGUUCGGUCUGGGCCUGGAGAGGCUGGCCAUGGUUCUGUACAGCAUCCCAGACAUCCGGCUGUUCUGGAGUCAGGACGAACGCUUCCUCAAACAGUUCAGAGUUCACGACAUCCAGCAGCCCGUCUGCUUCCAGCCUCUCAGUAAAUACCCCGCGCUCCACAACGACAUCUCCUUCUGGCUGCCGGCGUCCAAAGAGGGCGGCGAGGACGAGCGAGAGAGCUUCACCGAGAACGACUUCUACGAGCUGGUGCGCUCCAUCGGAGGAGACCUGGUGGAGAAAGUGUCGCUGGUGGACGAGUUCAGACAUCCAAAGACCGGUAGGCGGAGUCAUUGUUACCACAUCAUCUAUCGCCACAUGGAGCGAACUCUGACCCAGCAGGAGGUUCGACUCGUCCAUGAGGAAAUCGAGCGCACCGCCGAGACAGAGCUCGGUGUGCAAGGACGAUACUGACACACACACACACACACAUACACAGAAGAUAUACACACAAACAUGUACACACACCAACCCUCUGCACUCAGCUUUGUCACGUCCUCGUAGCUGCAGGGAGACACGUUGACUUUAAUACUGACGUCACACAAUCUCACACACACACACACACACACACACACACACACACUGCUGUCUGAUGUUUUGAAACAUUUUCUUUCCUAACAUGAAGUCUGACAGAAACUGUGGAGUCUGACACUUCAGGAAACACUGAACACAAACAGUUAGUGAUGAACUCAUCAUGGAUUCUUUGUUUGAUUGUGUUUGACAUUAAAAGUUUGUCACAUGA